UUUUUUUCAUACUUCUUCAAGUUUGACAAGUUAGACCAGUGGCUGGCAAUUUUGCAUGGUUAAAUAAAUAAUAUUGCAAAAAUUGAAGAGAACAUGAUUAAUUAUUAUAAUCAUAAAUAAUAUUGUUCGCUUGUAUAGUACAAUUGAUUGCGUUUGAAAGCGACGUUUGCCUUCUUUUGAUUAUUUUGUUUUAACAAAAAUUUUAAUGACUUCCUCGAAAUCACGUACAACAGUUGCCACACUUCGCCACACUUCGGAUUCAUCUUCGCUAUCGUGCCACAAUCGUCAAGGAGGAGAUUGUGAAACAGUAUCGAGAAGCUACCAAGCUCAAGUUUUAGGUAUUACAAUAUUUGGAGUUGUGGGCUUUGUAGUCUUCAUAAAAUACGUAUGUACAAAAUAUUUUGCUGAAUUGGAGUUGGAGCACAGUCAACAACACCAAUAUACAGAAUUUUAGAGGGUCUGUUAUUGCUGUUGUUUCUUGAUCUUUGAGUCACCAAAGAACUCCUUCACCUACAUCAAAAAUAGGAAAUGGCCAGUCCAAGGACAAGACGUGUUUUGCAAGAGCUUAAACCUCAAGAUGAUAAUUCGAAAUGCUUUGAGUGCGGCACGCACAAUCCCCAAUGGGUUUCCGUUACAUAUGGCAUUUGGAUUUGUCUCGAGUGUUCGGGCAAGCAUCGUGGCCUCGGUGUGCAUUUAUCCUUUGUUCGCUCUGUGACCAUGGACAAAUGGAAGGAUAUAGAGUUGGAGAAAAUGAAAGUUGGGGGUAACAGAAAUGCUCGCGAAUUUUUAGAAGAUCAAGAUGAUUGGAAUGAUCGUGCCCCAAUUACUCAAAAAUAUAAUUCAAAAGCUGCAGCCCUAUAUCGUGAUAAAAUCUCCACCUUGGCUCAAGGAAAAUCUUGGGACUUGAACGAAGCAAAAAAACGAGUAGCAUCAACGGGUGGAUCAUCAACAAUGUCCUCCUAUACAGCUUCAUCUAGCAUGUCUAGUUCCAAUAGUAAUUCACAUUCCAGAAACAGCGGAAACUACCAACAGGCUUCCGGUGGUGGUUACCAAAAUGGCAAUGGUAGCGGUUAUAAUGCUGACAGUUACCAGCAGUUCAAUACACAAGAAUUUAAGGACCAAAAGGAAGAUUUCUUUUCACGCAAGCAAAUGGAGAACGCCACAAGACCAGACCAUUUACCGCCUAGUCAAGGUGGUAAAUACAGUGGAUUCGGUUACUCUCGUGAACCACCGCCAAAAACACAAUCUCAAGAAAUCAUUGACAAUACACUAUCAUCAUUAGCUUCUGGUUGGAGUUUAUUAUCGGCUGGGGCAUCAAAAUUUGCCGUUAUCGCUAAAGAAAAGGCAGUCACCACAGCCAACAUUGCAUCCUCAAAAAUAAAGGAGGGUGGGUUAAUGGAUUCAGUCACUGAUGUAGCUUAUAAGGUUACAGAUAUUGGUAAACGUGGCUGGAAUAAUUUAGCUGGAAGUAAUUUUACAUCUCCACAAAGCGAACAUGGAGGUUACGGCGAUUUCAAUCAAGAUAAUUCCUAUCAGCGCUCCCACUCCGUUGGGGGAAAUCUAUCCUCGGGCAUGGGUAAUCAAUCCAAUACCAAUGACAAUGACUGGGGAUGGCAGGAUAGUCCUCAGAAACAAAUGCCAUCAUCUAAAUCGUAUAACAAUCAGUUUAAGAAUAAUUCCGGAGUUAUUGAUGAUGACGAUGAUUGGUCCGGCUUUGACAGCUAUCAAGAUUCUUCAAGUUCUUAUCAAAAUUCGACUACAAAUACAACAACGACAAGCAAAAAUAUGAAACUUUCAUCAAAUGCCACUGCGCAAAAGCUAAGCGAAGGUUUCGAUAGCUUGGAUGUUAAAAGUGCAAAACCGAAAACUACAUCGUCCAACAAUAAAUCAGCUGAAGAUGAUGCGUGGAAUUUAUUAAUGAAUUAAGCGAUAUACAUAUAUUCAUAUACACAUACGACAUUUGAAAUCAAUUUGUUUAUGUCUUUGUUUUGUUUCUAAUGAUUAAUUUGAUUACUAUGAUUAUUCUUAUGUAUUUCAUAUAAUUUCUCCUAAUGUUUGAAUAUUUUUUAAUCUGUAAUUUUCGCUAGCAAAUUUUUUAGAAACUUGUAAUUUUGAUUGUCUAUUUGUCAACACUAUUAAAAAUAUACAUACUUGCAUACAUAUAUAUGAAUGUAACGAC